UGACUCAUCCUAAUCACAGACUGCACCCACUGUUUGGCCGCUACAUCAGUGCUAACAAAUCUUCGUUAUUUUUGUGGAUGAAGUCUUCGAGAGCGUGUUUGGAAAUUUCAAAUGCCUCGUGCUAUUUGUGGGAUUGACCCUCCUUUCUCCCUCCUCAUUCUCCUCCUCCUCCUCCUCCGGUGUGUUCUUCCUCUAUGGUCCUCUAGUCACCUGACCAAACGCCAUGCAAAUCAUUCCGCUGCUAGAGCCUCAUUGGCCGCUUGUGGCUCAUUUAACCGCUGUCAGUGCUCAUCAUAUGGCCGCCGCUUUAACCAACUUCUCAACUCCGACAGGAAAAGUGGCUCAAAUGCGCAUUCUAUCACAGUGGAUGUGAACCAGCCCAGGCGAAAACAGGGCGAACUGCUGGUUGGAGAACAUUUUAUAUGCCUUUUCGGAUUAAUUUUCAUCACGUGUUUAUUUCAAUUUGGGGUAGAAUAUUAAUUUUGUAGCCCAGUCAUCUCGAGCGCACCCGUACCUGUGUGCGCCUGACCUGUUGUGAAAGUGACUUGUUUUUUCUCUGUUGGUGGCGAAGUUUAAAAACCAGGUGAAUGUAUAGCAUGAUGAUGGAAACUGACCUUCAUUCCCCCGGCCCCCAAACGAACACGACGACGGGGCAAACGGGGCCGAAUAGCGGGUCGAAAGCGAAUCAGGAGCGGGUGAAGAGACCUAUGAACGCGUUCAUGGUGUGGUCCCGUGGGCAGCGGAGAAAGAUGGCGCAGGAGAACCCCAAAAUGCACAACUCUGAAAUUAGCAAGCGGCUGGGCGCUGAGUGGAAGCUGAUGUCCGAGGCUGAAAAGCGUCCAUUCAUCGACGAGGCUAAACGGUUGCGAGCCAUGCACAUGAAGGAGCAUCCGGAUUACAAGUACCGACCAAGACGGAAGACCAAGACAUUGCUGAAAAAGGACAAAUAUUCCCUUGCUGGUGGACUUCUUUCUGGGCCGAGCGGUGGCGGUGGAGUUGGUUUAGGGGUUGGCAUGGGUUCAUCCGGGGUCGGGCAGAGGUUGGAGAGCCCCGGAGGUCACGGAGGUUCCGCCAGCUCCGGCUACGCGCACAUGAACGGCUGGGCGAACGGUGCGUACUCGGGGCAGGUGGCUGCUGCCGCGGCGGCCGCAGCGAUGAUGCAGGAGGCUCAGCUAGCCUACAGCCAGCACCCGGGGAGCGGAGCGCACCACCACCACCACUCACACCACCAUCAUUCACACAACCCCCAGCCCAUGCACCGCUAUGACAUGACAGCCCUGCAGUACAGCCCCAUCUCGAACUCUCAGAGCUACAUGAACGCUUCCCCAUCCGGCUACGGCGGGAUCACCUACACGCAGCACCAGAGCUCCGGCGUCUCUUCCUCAGCUGCCAUGGGGACAUUAGGGUCGCUGGUGAAGUCGGAGCCGAGUAUUUCACCGUUGCUGGAAUAGCAUCUGCACUGGAACUUUUUUUUUAAGAGGUGAGAUAUUAAAAUACAUCUUCUUCAUUUAUUGUUACCCCAAAUCAUUGCUUUACUGUAACAG